GGUUACUGAUCAUUCUUGUGUGAGUGAGAGCCAAGGUCCACUUUAGGGUCAUUCCAUGGCGAUGGCGAACGAGAAGGUGUGUGUCACCGGCGCUUCUGGUUUCCUGGCAUCUUGGCUCGUGAAGCGGCUAUUGGAGGAGGGAUAUCACGUCAUCGGGACUGUGCGCGAUCCAGACGAUGCGAGCAAGACUUCGCGCUUCCAGGGGCGAGAGAGAGGCUGGAGCUCAAGAAGGCCGCGCAAGGGGCCUUUGACGAUAUUGUUCAAGGCUGCCAUGGAGUUUUCCAUGUCGCGGCUGCCGUGACUCUCAGCUACAAGGACGAUCCACAGGUAACUUUGCUUGACUCCUUCGAUUCGGUCUAGUCUUGUAUCACAAACUUUUACUGGUUGUUUUUGUUUACGGUUCUUCUUCCAG